CUUUCUGAGUCCAUUCCCGUCUUCUCUCUACCUUCCCAAGCUAUAUCUAAUUCAUGGCAGCAACUCCGCCUGGAAGUGGUUAGAGGAAAAAAAAAAAAAAAACACCAAAGAAGAGAAAGAAAGAAAAAGAAAAGAGAAUAAGAGGCGAAUACGAAAAUGGGGGUUCCUAUGGCGAUGGAAACCCUAACGGAGCGAGCGGCCUUCAUGAGGGAAUCUCUGCAGAAGAGCCAGGCCAUCACGGACAGCAUCGUCACCAUCCUCGGGUCCUUUGAUCACCGUCUCUCCGCCCUCGAUGCCGCCAUGCGCCCCACUCAGGUAAGAACUCAUUCCAUUCGGAAAGCGCAUGAGAAUAUUGACAAGACAUUGAAGGCAGCAGAGGUUAUAUUGGCCCAAUUCGAUGUCUCACGUCAGGCAGAGUCUAAAAUACUGAAAGGGCCACAUGAUGACCUGGAAAGUUAUCUAGAGGCAGUUGAACAAUUGAGAAGCAAUGUCCGUUUCUUCAGCUCCAACAAAAGCUUCAAGAGCAGUGAUGCGGUGCUUAACCAUGCCAAUGGUUUGCUUGCUAAGGCCAUCUUAAAGCUAGAAGAGGAGUUUAGACAGCGGUUAUCAUCUUACAGCAAACCACUGGAACCAGAUCGUCUUUUUGAAUCCCUCCCAAACAAUAUGCGUCCAUCAUCAGGAUCACCAGGGCACCAUGGUGAUUCCAAUGGUAGGAACCCAACUUCCACCAAUCAUUCUGAGCUUCAAGGCAAAAAUUUAGAAAAUACAGCAUACAAUCCUCCAACUCUCAUUCCACCAAGGAUUAUCCCGCUGCUGCAUGAUUUAGUUCAACAAAUGGUUCAAGCUGGUCAUCAACAGCAGUGUCUAAAAAUUUACAGAGAAAUGCGUGCUUCAGCUUUGGAACAAAGCCUUCGAAAAUUAGGUGUGGAGAAGCUUAGUAAAGAUGAUGUGCAGAAGAUGCAGUGGGAGGUUUUGGAAGCUAAAAUUGGGAACUGGAUCCACUUCAUGCGGAUUGCUGUCAAAGUGCUAUUUACUGGGGAGCACAAAAUUUGCUAUCAAAUUUUUGAAGGCAUCGAUACUCUCAAUGAUCAGUGUUUUGCUGAAGUAACCACAAACAGUGUGGCAAUGCUUCUUAGUUUUGGAGAGGCUAUUGCAAAGAGCAAGAGGUCACCAGAAAAAUUGUUCGUACUUUUAGACAUGUAUGAAAUAAUGCGUGAACUUCAGCCAGAGAUCGAAUCUGUUUUCAAAGGCAAAGCAUGUACUGAAAUGCGCGAGUCUGCAUUGAGUUUGACAAAGCGGCUGGCACAGACUGCUCAGGAAACCUUUGGUGAUUUUGAAGAAGCGGUUGAAAAAGAUGCCACAAAAACUGCAGUUCUCGAUGGAACCGUUCAUCCUCUCACUAGUUAUGUUAUUAACUAUGUGAAAUUUCUGUUUGACUAUCAGUCGACACUGAAGCAGCUUUUCCAGGAAUUUGAAAAUGGAGAGGAAUCAAACUCCCAGUUGGCAGUUGUGACAAUGCGGAUAAUGCAAGCUCUUCAAACUAAUUUGGAUGGGAAAUCUAAGCAGUAUAAGGAUCCUGCUUUGACUCAACUGUUUCUUAUGAAUAACAUACACUAUAUGGUCAGAUCUGUUCGCAGAUCGGAAGCAAAGGAUUUAUUAGGGGAUGACUGGGUGCAAAGACACCGCAGGAUUGUACAACAACAUGCAAAUCAAUAUAAAAGGGUGUCUUGGGGAAAGAUCCUGCAGUGCCUCUCUUUUCAAGGUUUGACUUCAUCCAGUGGUGGUAGUGCAAUGGGUACUGAUGGAGGAAACAGCAGUGGAGUUUCACGAGCAAUGGUGAAAGACAGGUUCAAGACAUUCAACAUGCAAUAUGAGGAGCUUCAUCAAAGGCAAUCUCAAUGGACAGUACCUGACCCUGAAUUGCGCGAGUCUCUAAGGUUGGCAGUUGCUGAAGUUCUCUUGCCUGCAUACAGAUCUUUUGUCAAACGCUUCGGGCCUCUGAUCGAGAAUGGGAAGAAUCCUCAGAAGUACAAUAAAUACAGUGCAGAUGAUCUUGACCGAAUGCUAGGAGAGUUUUUCGAGGGAAAGACCUGGAAUGAACCAAAGAGGUAGCUUGGUCAGGUUUCCUAUGCAGUCUGUUGAGUUUGUAAGCAAGCCUGAUUUCUAUAGUUGAUGACAUGGGUUUGGUGGCACACCGAGGUUGUGAUUCGUUCUUUUGCAUGAUAAAUAAUGUGUGAGCACCAUUACCACCACUCUUGUAAAGCUUGUAGACAAUACAUCUCUGUUGAGUUUCCUUUCA